AUGAGCAUUCGGAGAAUACUAUUCGGUAUCGCCAUGGGGUCACCGUGCCUGUCGCAGAUCGUUACUAGUGCGCCUGUCACAGAAAACAAGGAACAACAACAACCUCCUUUCCCUCCUCCACCGCCGCCUGUACUAGAUGGCAUGAGCUACCUAGAGUUGGAUCGCUCGUUGGAGGACAAGUACUUCCAUGAACCGGCGGGACAUGAACUGGGCGCCGAUGAUCGCCUGGGCCAUUACGAUGUGCGAUAUUUCCACGGAAUGGUCUCCGAGGAAGAAAGGGCGGAGAGUCUGCAUCAUAUGGUGAUUGCGUAUUUGGAUUUCUUUCGAUUGAAUAAGCUCGAGACAUGGAUUGCGCAUGGGACGCUGUUGGGUUGGUGGUGGAAUGGCGCUUUGCUCCCUUGGGACUGGGACGUCGACACCCAAGUCCUCGACACAACUCUGGCCCGCAUGGCCAGAGAAUUCAAUCAAACGGUCACCAGCUACAUCUCAAACGAUAAAAGAUUCAAACGCAAAUACUUGCUGGACGUAAACCCAUGGGCAUAUUUCCGUGACCGAGGACCGGGUCACAACAUCAUUGACGCACGCUGGAUCGAUACCAGUAAUGGGUUAUACGUCGACAUCACGGCAUUAAGCCGAUUUAAUCCAGAGGAUGAACCGCACACGUGGGAAUGCAAGAAUAAACAUGAAUAUCAAACGGAUGAUUUGUAUCCGUUGCGACAGUCCAAGUUUGAAGGAACCAAGGCUUUUGUGCCGUACAAGUAUCAGGAGUUGUUGACGGAGGAGUAUUCUGUCCAGGCGCUCACGCGGACACAUUUUCAAAAUCACACAUGGAGUCCCAGCGUGGGACAAUGGAUUAUGAAGGUAUAG